GAUGAGUCAACCGUUGGAAUUUAAUCGUCGUGCUUGUGAUGUGGUUGUUGUGACUGAGUGUGCUCGACUAAAAACUAGUGUAAGUUGAACGAUCGUCUUCCAAGAUUACUAGAGCUUCCAAAGACAAUGGGAGGAGCCGAAAGUAAACCAGAUACAACCAGCCUUCACAAAGAUGACCCGUCCGCUCCGACCAGCGAAGACACCGGGGCAGGAGGAGACGGUAACCACACCCCCCUCACUAACCGACGUCUGGUGAAACUCAGAGACCCCCGCUCUCCCACGGACGACGUGUCCAGGACACCGAUCAUAGUCCCAAAGCCGGGCCCCAGCACCGAUGAUAGCUUUGAGGACCCGCGGUCGCCCACGAUUAAGAUUGCCAGAACGCCUAUUCCAGACACGGAUCCCAGGUCACCCACUGAAGGGGUGACACGUACCCCAUGUCCAUUCACAUACCCAGACCCACGGUCACCGACUAUUAAUGUCGCAAGGACUCCCAUGCUCCAACAGGACAAUAAAAGUGCAGGUAAAUUUGAAAUGCCUCCAGCUGUCCAACCAGAAACAAUAGCCGAAACACAUGAAGAGGAACAAAACCUAUCCAGCAACAACAGCAACAGUGACGACACAGCCAGGUUAAUCGACCAAUCACAACCUCAACCGGACCCGCUCCUGUCCCGAGAACAUUCCAACGAGAAAGGACUCGUCCAAAUCGACACCCCGGAAUAUGAACAGCAACUUUCCAAGAUGGUUGAGGAGCAACGAUUGACGGAGGAAACAGUGGAAGACGACUCGCAGAAGACGAGUCUUAUUGCAUCGAGUAACGGUCACUCCAGAAAAUCCAAAAAGACCGGCCUUAAACUCUCCUUGACUGCAAAGAUUCACGGGUCACAGACGGCCCCUCCACGCUCUCCCCUCUCAACACGCAACCUUGAAAAGGACGUUCAUUCCGUCAGUCUUCAUUCUGGGCAGGGUCUUAUUAUCUACGACAAGGUGGGGUCCAGACGGCGCCAGGCUAGUGGCACGCCCACUCGUCUUGUUGGGAAGUACGAACCCAUGCUGGACAAGGAAAACUUUUGAAGUUUUAGAGACUGACACCCUUUUCUAGGUCCAAUUUUAUAGCACUGCUUACUGGUAAAGCAAAUUUGUGUGCUUACUGUAGCAGGAAAAAAUUGCUAAGCAUAUUUCACAGGUUAGCAAGAAAAUUAGACAGCCAUCUUGCACGUUUCACCUUGGAUUUCAUUGUGACAUCAUUUACGUUUUUGCAGUUAGCACGGAGAGGUUGGCAUGCCUUUUUGUGUGCUUACGGUAAGCAGCACUAUGAAAAGGAAAUAGCACAGUGAGAUCAAAAACGACGCUUAAGCAGCUCUAUGAAAUUGGGCCCAGGCAUUUUUGUCUGCAAUGACUCUCACCCAUCUUGCAAGAAGUUGUCUGUGUUUUGCAAUCUCAGUAAUCAUGUUCCAUGUGUAUAAGUGCCUCAUUUUGAAUUGGUGGUGUCAUUAUUUAGCGUUUGUAAAGUCAAGUUCAAGUUUGUAGUUCCCACAUAUUUAUUUUGACUGUUAAGUGUUUCAUAAAAUGUUGAUUUGACUCGCUAAAAAGUUGAUAUCUUCUGUUUUUUCUUUAUGACCUUUUCAACGAAAGUGAGCAUUUUUUUAUUUCCCACUUUAAAUGGACAUUCACCAUGCUGCUACCAUCUUGGACAUGUUCACUGUAUCCAGUAACAGUAAUGGAUGCUUAUGCUCAUUGUACAAAAAGGAACCAGGCUUUUUCUCCUGCCAGCCUUGGUUUAGUUACAUUCUGACCAAAAACCCACCCACCACCAUUUUGUAAAUAGCUAUUGUAUAUAAAAACUAACUCUGACCAUGUAUGAACCGUUCCUAUUAAAACAAUUACACCUUCUUUUUUUACUUUUGGGGCUUACACUUUGUGGUGUGAAUAAAGGUACUCCAAAUUUGAAGUGAUUUGACAAUUGUAAGUUAAUUUAUCUAUUAACCCCUCAUGAAGUGGUUUUCUUGUCAAUUUGUAAAUGACAUUCCUUUAAAAUCAUAUUGUAAGGAAUUUUUUUUAUAUACAUACUAAAGAGUUUCAAUGUUAAUAUCCUGGUACAAGUUAAGAGUCCGUUCAAACUCAAUCGUAAAAGAUUUAUCCAACGAAUAAAGUCAGCGUAAGCAAGCAAAAAGUAACAGCCUCUUAAGAAGGGGGUUGGAGCUUAAAAAGUACAGUGUAUUUCUUCUUGCUUUUGAGGAAUUAUUAUGUGGAUGAAUGUUUUCCAUUGAACUGACGCCACAUUCCUUGUGAGACAUGCAAAGGACAUACAUGUAAUAACAUUUUAACCAGAUGGGGGUGGAAAGCCUCUACCCCCUCCCCACCCUUUAUCCCACUCAAAGAAUGCAGAAACAAAUGUUUGCAUACACUAUAUCAUUGUAUAUUAUAGCCCCCCCCCCCCCUAAAAGAGGUAUAGCAGCUAAUAGCAAGGCCACAUGGCAAAAAGUGUGCAGUUAAUUUGUUUCUAUUUUCAAGGCCUCUUCCUACAGACAGUUAUCAUGCUGCCUCCAUCUUGGUCAUAGUCCUCGUAUCGAAUAACAAUAAUGAAUGCUAAUAAUCAUUUUGCAAAUGGGAACCAGACUAUUGUGUUCUUCCAGCCUCGAUUUUGACCUCGGAGCCCCUUGUUAAAGGAUCUAUUGCCAAAUUAGCGUGUCACAAAACCGAGUCUGACCUUGAAGCCCUUCUUGAAACUAUAUAUUUUGUUUUUCCAUUAAGAGUUUCUGCCUGUAACCAUUUACUGCCAUUGAAAUAUUACUUACUUUUAUGUUCAAAUUGAUGGGUAAUUAUUUAAAACCAAAAAUCAUACACUGCAUUUUCGUCUAUUUGCAAUGGGAAACAUCAGGAAGUAAACAUUGUACUGAAGUAAGCUGAAGCAAGAGGUUUUUUUAUGCAAAUAAAUUUCUAAUAUUCAAAAUGUACAUGGUGUUAAGUCAAAUGUUAUUACUGGUACUUGUUUAUCCUUUGUGAAAGACUCUGCUAGGAUUGAAACGUCAGGCCAUUAACUUUAGUUUACAUGUAUAUAUCCAUUACACAGGCUGUAUUUCACCUUCAGCAACCCACGAGAGGAAUCUACAUCACAGGAAAAUGCCAUGAAAUAAUUUCCGAGUUUGGCCACAAAAAUUUGAAAAGUAUAUGCAUCCUUUUCAGUGAGUGGGUGUGUUUACAUUGAAUUACUUGGGUCAUUAAACUUAAUGGAUAAGCAGUUAAUUUGCCUGUGCAUUCAGCACCCCUACUGGUUUAUGCAGUCCACUUUUUGGAAAAGGAAUUACAUGGAGAUAACAGGUGUGAGUUGCAAGACUUAGCCCUUGAGGAGCCCUUACCUAGAGUAGCCACGAUAGACUUUCUGAUCCUGUGUUGGGCCAUUUUAAAUCUAAUAUAAUGUUAAUAACAACAAAGCGACAUACUACUUUUGACAUGUUUUCUACUUUAUUCAUGGAAAAGUACUACAGGUCAUAGGUCAUUCACUGGGUCAUAGGUCACUGAAGAUACUAAUGAAUAUACAUGGAUCUCACUUGAUGUCUCUAAGUGUACAGUCAGCCAUCUUUAAAAUCUUGCACUAAACAGUUGGAGGAGUUCUGACGCCACUUUUUUCAACUUACAGUCGACUUUCAAAACCAUUUUCAAACUAACUAAAGCUCUAAAUCCAUAUGGUAUUAGUUAAAAAGCUGUAGUUUUGUCCAUGUCCAUUGUCCAUACCCAAGCUUACAAUGAUUGGAAAGGUGAAGAGUUGGUCUUUCCAAUGAUGAAAAUAACAUACAAUUUUGAUUAUACAAUCCCUUUAAAUCAAAGUGGAAAUAUCUGAAUGUCCAAAACUUAAUGCUGAAAAACAGUUGAACCAUGUGUUUUUGCACUGUCACAUGAGUUUGAUAUGACCGAUAGUGCAUAAACGUGAAUA